CCAAUUUCCAGGAAGAAAUUAACAGAAUACCACUCGUGACAAUUGGCUUUAAUAGCGCGUUAGCCAAGAGUUAAAAAUAAAUAUUACGUCAUGCGCGCAAAGCAGUUUGGGAUCGAAGUGCGGACAAACACAACAUCCAACAUUCUUCAUCAUGUCAUGGCUGCCAAAAAAGGAGCAACAAAGCAUUGUUGUUUGGGAAAAUGCAACUCUGACUCAAGGUAUUCUGAACGGCUGCCAGAAAAUGUUUAUUUCAUUCGUUUUCCAAAGCCAGGAGCAUUUAAAGAUGGCAUGACUGACUGGCAGAAGCAACAAGAAACGCAGAAAACUGAGAAGUUUAAGCGGUGGAUUCACGCUUGCGGUCGCAAAUCAUUUACAUUGUCGCAUAUCAAGAAGAACACAUACAUCUGUUCCUUGCAUUUUGUUGGAGGAAAUGGACCAACAGUUAUAAAUCCAGAUCCUAUCAUCGCUACAUCCUCAAAAGAAACAACUUCAAAGGUUAAUAAGACAAGGAAGGCACCGAAAGAACGAACUUUAUUACUAGGCCACCCAUCAUCAACUCGAAAACGAAAGCUAGGAGACGACACGGGCCUAUAUGAUAACAACUUCGAGAGUCAAGAUGAAGAUGAAUCGUGUUCCCGCGAUGACACACAGUUAGAAAUUGAUGAUCAAAAUCUGGAGCCAUUUCAAAAACAUCAGGAAACACAAACUGUGUAUGAUAGGCAUAUCCUAGGGGCAAAGGUGGAAACAAUGAUGCUUAGGAACAAGACCACGAGGACUUGAUGUUUCCUGAGAGACAUGCAUUUCACAGAACUAAACCUGCAAUUUUCAGGAAAUUCAAAAACAUCAGAGCAUCUAUAGACUGCACAGAGUUCAAAUGUGAGGUUCCACGUGAUUAUGGAAAACAAGGUAACAUGUAUUCAGCAUAUAAGCACCAUACAACUAUGAAAUGCCUUAUCGCUGUAAAUCCAAAUGGAGCUGCAGUGUUUGUAUCA